AUGUGCUGUGUCCAGGUCAGCGGCCGUGCUAGCCCUCCAGGAAAACCGAUCGUGAAGGAGCAGACGGAUGACUCAGUGGUUUUGUCUUGGACAGCACCAAAUUUGGAUGGUGGCUUUCCAGUUCGACAAUACAUGCUUGAAAUGUGCACUACUGUGAACAAGAAAUGGAAAGUGGCCGAGAAAACCAAGGAAGCUUCUCUUAAACUGCACAAUCUCGUUCCUAAGGAAACUUAUAUUUUCCGUGUACGGGCAGAAAACGCCUUCGCGAUUGAUCAACUAGAUGCUAAAAUCGACCAAAUUGACCGGAAAACAGCUGGUGUCCAGAAAACUACAAAUGAUUUCGAAGCUAAGUACACAAUCUGUGAAGAGCUAGGACAGGGUUCCUACGGUACCGUAUAUCGAGCCAUAGAAAAAGCUACUGGAAAGACAUGGGCCGCUAAGAUGGUUCAGGUACGCCCUGGCGUGAAACGGGAAGAUGUUCUUCAUGAGAUUUCGGUGAUGAGCCAACUUCAUCAUGAUAAAUUGCUUGAACUGCACGAAUCGUUCGACCUUGGGGACGAAAUAUGUCUAAUAGUAGAAUUCGUAUCUGGAGGAGAACUAUUCGAUAAGAUCAUGGAAAGUGGUUCGCUCAUAACAGAGGAAGAAGCAAAAAAUUAUAUACACCAGAUUCUUCUCGGUAUUGAACACAUGCACAGCAACCAGUUUGUGCACCUGGACAUCAAGCCAGAAAACAUUCUGCUGAAAUCGAAAGAUUCCACAGAUGUCAAGAUUGUUGACUUCGGAUUAGCACGACGAUUGGAUCCCACUAAAACCGUUAGACUUCUUUUUGGAACGCCAGAGUUCUGCGCACCCGAAGUCGUCAAUCGCGAACCCGUUGGACUUAGUACUGACAUGUGGACAGUAGGGGUGAUCACCUACAUGCUCUUGUCUGGCCUGUCACCAUUUAUCGGCGAUUCUGACGAGGAAACUCUAGCGAAUGUGUCAGCAGCAGACUGGAACUUCGAGGAUGCUUCGUGGAACGACGUAUCUGAUGCAGCCAAGGACUUUAUUUGUCGUUUGAUGGCUAAGGAUAAACGUCGACGGAUGACAGUUCAGCAGGCGCUCAAACAUCCAUGGAUUACGAAAACACAGCCGCCUCUUAAUCGUGGAGAGUUGACUUCAUUGCAAAAGAAGAAGUUCAUGAUGAUGAAGCGAUGGUCAGACGACAUGUUGCCGAUAGGUCGCCUAGCAAAGCGUGGUGCCAUUUUCCGUCGCCAGUCUAUGGAUGGUGUAUUCGAGAGAAAUAUCAGCUUCGGUUUUACGCAGAACUUGUUAUCAUUUUGUAAUUUAGACAACGAUUGUCCUCCGACGGUGAAGAAGCGGCUCGAGGACAUUGUCGCUCAUGUGGGUGAUUUGAUCGCUACCCUGAAUUGUGAGAUAGACGGCACUCCACCGCCAGUUGUUAGCUGGCUAAAGGAUAAUAAGGAGCUGAAUGUACCGUCUUUAAAAUAUGAUUCGCUAUUUGCGGACGGAUCGGCGCAAUUAACGGUGAAGAACAUAGAAAUCACUGAUUCUGGAAGAUAUAGUUGUCACGCCACAAACGAACUCGGUUACGUAACUAGCGAAGCGAGCAUGAUAGUGGAAGCAAAGCCGAAGAUGGCGAUAGCUGAGUUGCGCAAGAAAAAGCCAUUAAAGGCACCAGCUGAUGAAGCGAAAGAGGGUGGUUCUGCACCAUCGUUCGUCGGUAGCUUGUCAGACUGUUCAGUCAGAGUUGGAGAGGAGUUGACUCUGUCGGUUACCAGCAAUGUUUCUGACCUUAUAGUCGAGUGGUAUCACAAUGGGCAGCAAAUUAAAGAGAUUGACGAACAUUUCGUCCAGAUACACAACAAAGAUCGCCACGGAGUUACUAUGAAGAAUGUUGAUUUGUCUGAUCAGGGUGAGUGGAAGGCAAUCGGCAAAAACGCAUUCGGUCUAUGCGAGAGUUCGUGCAAAUUGUUGAUAGAAGUACCACGUAAUUACGUGGCUCCGGUUUUCGAACGCCAGUUAGAAGAUAUUCUUUGCGACGAAACGGAACUGCUGACACUCAGUGCUAAGAUUAUUGCUAAUCCACCACCUGAAAUUAGCUGGUACCGUGAUGAUCACGAAAUCCAACAUUCUGCCAAUAAUCGCUUACAGUUCGACGACGAAACCUUAGAAUAUUCGCUGACCAUCGUGAAGGCGUACGCCGAGGAUAGCGGCGAGUACAAAUGCAUUGCUCGAAAUUCAAUUGGUAAAGCUGAAAGUGUGUGCAACGUUCGAAUUGAAGAACCAGAAGACAAUCGAACAAUGAAAAUCGACGAAUCUAAAGCUCCGAAAUUCAGUAUGCAUUUGGCGGACUCGCGUGAGGCACCAGAAGGCUCUGAGCUAAUUCUUACGUGCAUUGUUAAUGGCAGUCCUCAUCCAUCAAUCACAUGGUUAAAGGAUGGGAAGAGGUUAUCGUUGGCCGGAAAGGACGCCAUUUACGAAAACGGUGUCUGCACACUGACCAUCAUAGCCGCCACUACCGAUGAUAUUGGUGUGUACAUUUGCAAAGCGGAAAACAUUCACGGCACUGCUCAAUCAACAUGUACUGUCAACAUCACUACUGAUAUGGAAAGUGAUCAAUCAGCUCCGAAAUUUGUGGAACUGUUGACGGAUCAAAGUUUUUAUGAAGAGGAAGAAAUCCUUCUCGAAUGCCGCUUCACUGCUAAGCCAACACCAGCUGUUUCCUGGUACAAAGAUGGUCGGAAAUUGGUUGUUGAGAACCGAAUGCUUCAGUACACAGACAGGAAAGGUGUGGCGAGAUUGAACAUCAUGAAUAGCACACCAGCGGAUUCUGGCGAAUAUUCAUGCGAGGCGGUUAAUAUGCUUGGAAAAGCCAUAACUGAAUGCCGUAUAAAAAUCAUAGGAGAAACAGCUGAAUCUGAGUCGCAAAGUGUGUGUCGCAGUGUUAGUCCGUUGCACUACGACGCUGAUGCCCGCGCUCCAGAGAUAAUUCGUCCACUCUUGGACGCAACUGUUAAAGCUGGAAGUCGAGGAGCUCUUGAACUGGAGGUUGAUGGAAUGCCCACACCGAUGAUCGAGUGGUUCCACGAUGGAACACUUGUGUCGGAAAGCCGAACGCUUCGAACAUCCUAUAACGGCAGGGUGGCUGUCCUCAAGAUCUAUGAAGCUCAAGCAGAACAUCAUGGACAAUACAUCUGCAAGGUCUCGAACAAACUUGGAGUUGUCGAGUCUCGAGCUAUGCUUGUAGUUCAGCAGGAAUCCAUGGAAUGCAUGUCGAACGUGCCUGUAUUCAUUAAAAAACUUCAGGAUAUUACGGCCAAGAAGGCCGGUGAAUCGCUCUCAUUGAGCUGUCAAGUUCGUGGUGACCCGUUCCCGUUACUCCACUGGUUGCAUAACGGGCGGUCUAUCGACAAUAAUCCAGUUUACCGUAGGCGAGCGUUCGACGACGGUAUUGCGACUCUUGAAAUAAGCUCAAUUUCUGAAGAACUCUGCGGUGCAUAUACCAUCACCGCGUCGAACCCACACGGUGAUGCUCAUUCAUCGGCAUUGGUUCAUUUUCUCAAAGAAGAGGGCACCUCUACAUGUCCGCCAUCGUUUGUGGUCGAACCGAAAUCAAAAAUCGUUGUCUCGAAAUCCUCUCCGUUAACUAUCGUUUGCGAUAUUAAUGGAACUCCAUCAAUGAAAGUUACCUGGUUGAAAGAUCAACGUCAGCUAAAGAUUACGGAUCGAAUUCGUGUGGAGCACGACAGUCUAACCUACAGCCUUAUUGUUCUCGAUACCACAGUCGAUGAUGAAGGCGUUUACACUGUUAGAGCAGAAGAUGAAUAUGGUAAGAUUGAGGCACACAGCCAAGUCGUAAUUAGGGAGGAGGAAACGGCAAUCACCAAAACAUCAGUGAAAAUCGUAAAAGGACCUCCAGGUGCUUUGGAAGGAAAACUACAAGUGGAGAACUAUUCUACAGAUUCCGUCUCUUUAUAUUGGAAUACCUCCACGGACGCAAGCGAAUAUUUAGUUGGACAACGUACUCCAGAUCAGCAGAACUGGACUGAGGUAGCUACUACAACUCGACCUAAAUGCCUCGUCAGUAAUCUUCAGCCAAACACUGAGUACUUAUUCAGCGUUAUUCCUAAGAAUGCUUAUGGAUGUAGUGAACGAAGUUCUGUUGUCCUGAUAAAGACGAAGCCAACCGGAUUUAAACCACAUUUUACAGAAGUUCCGCCGUCGUCGCUCACCGUAAUGAAUGGACAUCUUUUAGAAAUUGCUGCGAAAUUUGACGGCUUGCCAGUUCCAGUAGUUAAGUGGUACAAAAACAACAAAGAAAUAUUAGAAUCCGAGGGCAAAAUUAUGAUCGAUAAAAACACUACCACUCUGAGUGUCCCUGGAGCCCGUUACGGUGAAGAUGAUGCUGUCUAUCGUUGUCAUAUAGAAAACGAGUUGGGGCAGAUUUCGGCUGAAACUACAGUUAUAAUCGUGGUCGACAAAGAAGAAAUCAUGGAAGUCGACUCCACAAGUGAUAGCAGUGAUUGUAUUAUUGCUGGUAGUGGAACACCUUUUGUAGCUAAACCACUGACUAACGUAACAGUUCAGUCUGAACAGCAAUUCACGCUUAGCUGCAAGAUCACAGCUAACGAUUGUACAGUCGCUUGGUAUCGCAACGAUGAGCGCAUAAUAUCCACUGGUCGACACGAGAUUUUCAGUUCAUCGAACGGUUUCCAAAAACUUGUAUGUCACAUCAGCUCUCUUGAGGACUCUGGGACUUAUCGUUGUAUCGUAACCAAUGAGAAGGGAAUCGCUCAGAGCAAAUGCGAAGUGAUCGUCAAGGACGUAUGUGAUCAGGUCGCUCCUGUUUUCGAACGUGAACUCGUAGAUAUCACCGCAUUAAUUGGAAAGAGCGUAGUACUCAGUUGCCGAGCUAUUGGUCAGCCUGAGCCUGCACUAUCCUGGACCAAAGACGGAGACCGAAUUGCAACUAGCCGGAGAGUAAAGCUGAUGUUUGAUGAGCAUGGCGUAUCAGAGCUGAGAAUCCGUGAUUUGACUGCUCAGGACGCAGGAAUUUACUUUUGUACAGCGACCAAUUCUGCUGGAGUACAGUCCUCACAGUGUACUCUUACUGUGGUUGAGAUUUCUGGAAAGGAUAGUCAUUUGAUACUAGCUGAAGAGGCUAAGGCUGUUAAACCACGAUUUAUUCGAGCACCACCAUCUACUAUAGACGCGCAAGAGGGUGGGCAAUUCAAACUGAUUGCUAAGGCUGUUGGUGAUCCGAGACCAAUCAUUACAUGGAAAAAAGACGGGCGAGAAGUACAACGCACUAACCGUCUCUAUAAAACCUAUGUAACCGGCGAUGGCGAAAGCCACCUACUGGUUGAAUGUGUCGUCUCAAAAACUAACGGUAUUUUUAGCUGUAUUGCACAUAAUGUGCACGGAGAAACCGAGACUGAGACCCAAGUGAUUGUCCAUAAAGGCCUCACCGCAACUCCGGCUGCUGAAAAACCAAAUUUCUCACAACAUCUGAAAGACCUGGGAGUGGUGACUGGGCAUCCAGUUACGCUUACUUGUAAAGUUCGUGGUAUACCAGAGCCGGAAUUAAAAUGGUACUACAUCGACGACGUCGGUAACGUCACGUGCUUAACCGACGACGAACACGGAUGGAUUGAAUGCAGAGGCGGAGAGGUCGCGGAGCUUAAAGCAGACUGUGUACUGAGGAAUCAGCAAGGUACAUAUAAAUGCGUGGCCACCAACAAACAUGGUCAAGCAAGCUCCCAGUGUUAUCUUCUUGUUGGUGAGCUGAAAGACGAACCAGCUGGUCCUCCUCGAUUCCUUCGUUGUCUUCGUGAUAUCUGGACACCGUUGGGUGAAGAAGUGGUGUUUGAAGUGGAAGUAGUCGGCUAUCCAGCUCCAGAUCUUGUUUGGUACCACCAAGAUAAACGUAUCGUUGAAGGAAAAAGUGUUAAGAUCAACUACAUUUCGGAGACAUUUUGUGAGCUGCGAGUUUCGCAAGUCUCACUUCGUGACCUUGGCAACUACACUGUCGAAGCCUCGAACGUUCACGGACUUGUACGAACCACUUGCUUUUUGAACGUUGGAGACCCACGUCGUUCAGAACCUCCACAGUUCCAACUAGUUGAUGCGCCUGGAAUCGCUGUUCAACCUAAGGUCGCCUUCCGUGAGCAGGUCAAGAAGCCAGCAACAACCGUUCGUGCGGAGAAGCGCAGGAAAGGAGCGCCUCCUGUUUUCGUACAAGGACUUGAAGACAUGGAACUUGAAGCAGGCUCUUCUGCAGCAGUGGCUGGAAAACUAGCACGCAGUAAGUUCGUCUUUUCGAAUCAUUCAGCACGUCUAGUACGCCAACGCUAA